AUGGCCUCGUCUGCGUCCAAGCGCAAGACCAUCUCGCAGCUCAGUCGCUUCCAAUUCCUCUACUCCGCAGAAUCCCUCCGCCACCACCCCAAAAACGAGCACAUCCCCGAGAUCCUCAUCCUCGGCGCCUCCAACGUCGGCAAAUCCUCCUUUCUCAACGCCCUCGUCGGCAAGCUCGACGCCGCCAGGGUCAGCGCCCGCCCCGGCAAAACCACCCUCAUGAACGCCUUCGCCGUGGGGCCUCUCCCCAAAAUCCCCAAGGGCCACGUCAAGCAAGGGGAGAAACUGCCGCGGUAUAGCCUCGUCCUGGUGGACACGCCGGGCUACGGAUUCAAGAGCCAGGCCAGCUGGGGAGACGCCGUGUGGAAGUACAUCAAGGCGAGGAAGAUGCUGCGCGGGGCGGUGGUGCUCAUAUCGUCUGAGAAGAAGCUGAUGGAGCAGGAUAAGUGGCUGUUGAGGACGCUGGCCGAGGCAAAUACCAGAACUCUGGUCGUUUUGACAAAAGCUGAUAAAGGAGGGGGAUCGUGGACUGAAAGGUGUAGUGACAUGGCUGAAUUGCUACGAGGAGAGCUUAGAAAGAUAUCACGAUCAGCGGGGAAUGGAUGGAGAGAAGGAUCAGGCUGGAAUCCCGAUAUAUACAUCACGGCCGCGGGAAUGGAUCGUAUGCCCAAGCUGGCGAGUGGAGGGGGUGUAGGAGGCGUCAGGACGAGCAUCUUGGAAAUGGCGGGCUUCGAUCUUCAAGACAAAGAAGUGAAGAAGAAGGAUGAGACAAUCACCUAUGGCGGACCCGUGGUUUCAUUUGAUGACAUUAAAUGGAAGGCAAGAUGA